AUGCCGUAUCACCCAAGUCUUCAGUCAAAAUUGUCAAGCUUGUCGAAAAUCUCUUUUUCUGAAAUUUCCGUCUCAACAAGAUCAUCUGGCUAUGAAUCGACAGUGUCGAAAAAUGAGCUAAGGGAAAUCAUCAAUGAGCAAGUUUCUGAGCUUGUCGAAGACUUAAAAAUCUCGGAAGGAAAAAGGGUUGAAGCAGAGAGAAAAUCAGCAAAAUUGGAGAAGAGAAUCGACGACUUGGAAGACCUGGUUGAAAAUUUGAAACUGAAUUUUCAUCAAAUUGAGGAGCAAAAUGAGCUUUUGAGAGCUGAGCUUGAGAAAAAAAUCUUUUCCCCUGAAAAAGAAGAAAUCCUGAAUGAGCAAAAUGCCACACAAGAUGGCAAAAAGGAGGCUCAUGUGCAAAAAAGAGCCAAGAGUGAACUCCUUGACGACCGAAAAAGCGGGAUGGAAAAAAGAUGGGGGUCUCUUUGGUCUUUGACUUUAGAUGCUGGCUUCGAAUCAGCUGGGUCAAUCGAAGAUAGCAAGGAAGUAAAAACUCGACAUUGCUUCAAAACAAGAACCUAUUCGAAAGGAAAAGUUGUUACUUUGUAA